AUUUGAUUUUGAUAUUAGUUUUCGAAAUUUCAAGUAUUUCAACCCGACUCCCGAGUGGCGAGUACUCGAGAUCGAUGAAUUUAUAUUUAGAGUCGUGAAAUAUCUUGCAUACAUUUUGAACAAUUUUAGUAUUUACUUAAGAUAUAUUUAAUUUUAUAAGUAUGGAAAAAGAAGGUAACAAACAAGAAAAUAAUCCUCGAAUACCAUCAGCAGUGUUUGUGGACGAUGUAGAUAAGUUUAUGGAAAAAUCAGAAAAUAGUAGCGUUGAAGAUGUACUUAAAAGAUUGGAUGAGCAACAUAGCAAAUAUAAAUUUUUUGAAUAUAAUUUAAUUACAAAGAGAAAAAGAUUACAAUCACAAUUACCAGAUUUAGAAAAUACACUGGAGAUGAUUCAAACAAUGAAAGCUCAUAAAGGACAACAGUUGAAGACAGACUUUUUAUUAUCUGAUGAUGUUUAUGCCAAAGCUCACAUACAAGCAACUGAUAAUGUGUAUCUUUGGCUUGGUGCUAAUGUCAUGUUGGAGUAUAAUCUAGAUGAUGCCACUGAACUUAUCUCAAGAAAUAUACAAUUGGCCACUGAUAACAUGGGGCAAGUCGAUGAUGAUCUAGAUUUUCUUAGGGAUCAGUUCACUACAACUGAGGUUAAUAUGGCCAGAGUUUACAACUGGGAUGUAAAACGACGACAGGCAGCUAAAGCUAAACAAUAAACAUUUAAAUUAUUAAUAUGAAACGCUAAUAAAUGCUUCUUUUUUAUUUAA